AUGGAGGAAAGUUCGGAGAAGAUUCUUUUCACUCAUGUUUGUCCUAUGGAUCCGGAGAAAGGUUUCUCACCGACCUUCACUGCGACGACUCUGAAGCCAAGCAACACUAGUUUUUGGAGGAUUGGCACCACAGCGCUCAUCGCGGGCAUAACCCUCAUGCUGCUUGGAGCAGUCGGGGCUCUGUACCUCUUGAAAGUCAGCGAUAAAAAUGUGUACAAUCUUCACUACAGCGUGAGCCUUAAUGGGAAGAUUGAAGAGGGUUCCAUGGAGAUUGACUCUGAAAAUAACCUGGAGAGGUUCAGAAUUGGCAGCGGAAAUGAAGAGGCAAUAGAGCUUCAUGAUUUCCAAAUUGGGAUUACUGGGAUCCGUUUCUCUGGGGCAGAGAAGUGUUACAUCAAGUCUCAAAUCAAAGCCAAUCUUCCAGAAGUGGACACGGUGAACAAGGAGUCUUUGAUCACUGAACUGGAAGAUGAAGUCAUGCCUGCCAAGUUUGACGACAAGUCUCUGGUUUGGGUCGCCUCAGAGGAGCCGCUGAAGGACAUCAGCUUCCUGACCAGCAGACUCCUCAACCUCUGUGGCCACCUGCCCAUCUUCUGGCUACGCCCCACCUACCUGGAUGAUGCCACGAGGGGAGACCGAGAAAAACGGGAUAUCGAGCGCACCAAGCGUCAGUACGACACGGAGGUCUUCCCGAGUUCCGCCGACGGCUCCACCGACUUUGCCCCGAACAUCACCUCUGGCAGGGGUGGCGAGGAAGAGGCCAGGGAGGGGUCCACAUCUGCCUUUAACCCCGAAAACCCCUACCACCAGCAGCGCGGACAGGAGGGAGAGGCCGGCUCCAUGCUCUUCGACCCCAUGCUGGACCACAACGGCAUCUGCUGCACGGAGUGCCAACGGAGCCACACCCACUGCGAGCGGGUCUGCGAGCCUCUGGGCGGGUACUGGCCGUGGCCCUACAACUACCACGGCUGCCGAGUGGCGUGCCGGGUCAUCCUGCCCUGCCGCUGGUGGGUCGCCCGCAUCAUGGGCAUUGUCUGAAAUCGAUGACCAGUCAUCACCUCAAGCUCUCAGCUAAAAACGAAGAUACACAGUUAAGCUGUUGACAUUAUUCAUACACUUUUUGUAAUGGUGCUAUUUAUUUUUGUUACAUGUUU